GUUUUACAGGUAAACGAUCCGGGAACGCUCGCCGCAGUAACGGUUGAAAUGGGACCCGUAAUGGUGAUGGACCUUGUCACCCACUCUCGCAUGUAUGAGAUCUCAAACAUUUUAGGCCGGCGGUACGGAGGGAGAUACAUGCUGUUCGACCCCUACAUGUUGUUGACCCGAGUCAGCAGCCGCUUGUUCUUCAUCGGAGGUUACGUGGGCGAGCGCACAGACAAUGAAGUUCAACUUUUCUGCUGGGACACUGAACAAAAGAUAGAACCUUUUGAGCUAUGUGACAGAGAGGCCGUCAAAAUUGUCAUGGCAAACGUUUAUCGUCUCGAUGACGACCGUAUUAUGACCACGGGAAAAGGCGACAACUAUGACUUCCGAGUUUCGACACCCUGCACUGGAGCGCCGAUGGAACGUUUUUCUACACAACCAGCGAUAACUUCUGGAAACACAAGGCUCCUGACGUCAUCACGUGGACUAUUCACCAUGGAAACCAACCCACAUCGACGCCUGGGGCUAAACGCAGUCUUCCCUUAUAUUCAACCAAAGAGGCGCCGGCUUCGAGCCGCAUUGCACUCCCAUGGACUAGUGUUAAACCUUAUCAUCGAGGAGCGAUACAAAGGCCCGGUCUUCUCUGUGCUGUCCAAAUAUCUACUGGACAUUCUGAUAACUGACAAGAUCUUGGUCUUUGGGAAAGAGGCAGUAAAUCCCACCAACGUAUCAUACAUCUUGCGCGGAAACAUACCCGGGCUGAUUCUAGUAAUAUGGUACCGCAUUCUUAUAAUUAUUGGAGUGAUAGGUGCAAUGCUAAUUAUAAUUAAAUAUUAAUACAAACUUUGUAUAAUAGUAUAGUCAAAUUUCAUAUUAUAAAUACGUAUUUAAUGAUAGUAACAGUCAAUACAAUACUAUAUUAACACUUAC